AUGUACAAGGUUGCUGCCAUCACCAUUGCUCUCCUUGCUGUCUUUGAGCCUUCUGCAGCAUACGAGAAGCCAAUCACUCUGCGCCGUCUACACAGCAAAGCCAAAAGAAAGUUGCACUCAGUGGCUCCUGUUGCUAUUUCGACUUCUGCUCCGGUUGUUAUUGCCGCGCCCAUCUACAUUCCACACAAGGUCGCCAAGUCAUCCAAGUCGUCAUCCAAGUCUUCCGGGUCAUCAAGGUCAACUAAAUCAGGAAAGAGGCAGCUGGUUCACUAUCAAGCACCUUACGAGAACUAA